CGAGGACGUUCCUUUGAGACUCAGAGUUUAUUUCCUUGUGCAUAAAAACAGGAUCCCCAGUACCUACCUCUCAGGUUUUUCAAUGUUGACUUUUUUUUUAAACUCUAAAACGGUGUGUGUGUCCAAGAUACACAUAACACGAAUAUCUGUGUGCAACUGCUGCAGAGUUGCUGGAAAGCUACUGGAAGCUUUGUCAGGAGGGAAAUGAUCUGAGUCACAGGCUUGGGUGUUUCGGAUGCCCACUCGGGGGCAGUAUGGAGGAAUGGCCUGGUAAGUGGGACAGUUAGUUGCAAGUGUCUGGACCAAAGGGGCCGGGGCCUGAACAAAGGCGGCUGAUCUGGAGAGGAGGGAAGGCCCCCAGACACAGUGUAGGGGUCUUCAAGGAUUAGCCCUUCCUGGGGGGGUUAAGGGUUUAAGUCUCUUAUCCCUUUGUCCCCUUUAAGAGAUUGCAAAAACAUCAGCUAGUGGGUGGGAAGACCCAUUUGGAGUGGGAUGCCCCUGAAAAUCCCCAAGGUUGCACCGUGGCAGGCCACCCCGAAGCACUGGGUAGGACAUUCCAAACAGCCUGAAGAGGGAGGGGCCGUGUUGGGGGAGGGGCGGAGGAAUCCGCCUGGCCUUCAGGAAGACCCCAGCCAGCCCUAAUGGGAACCACACGUGGAGGGAGCUGGAAUCCCGGAUUGCCUGUGACGUUUGGCUUUGGAAUUGGACACUUGGCUCAGCUGUUCCUUGAAGCCCACAGUUUCCCAGGCUGGAUCUGUGCCCUGACCUCUGAGUGCCUUUCCCUUCUUUUAACAAGAGGGACUGGGCUUCAAGUUACAGAAGACCCAACUUUAAAAUGCCCUAAACGUUCUGUCGAAGAUGCACUGGACACCGGAACACGCCCAGCCCCUCAACCAGUGGCCAGAACAGCACCUGGACGUCUCCUCCACUACCCCGUCGCCGGCCCACAAGUUGGAGCUGCCCCCUGGGGGUCGCCAGCGCUGCCACUAUGCUUGGGCACACGACGACAUCUCUGCCCUCACAGCCUCCAACCUCCUCAAGCGCUACGCAGAAAAGUACUCAGGGGUCCUGGACUCUCCCUACGAGCGCCCCGCGCUGGGCGGCUAUGGCGACGCCGCCUUCCUCAACGGCGCCAAGGGAGACCCCGAGCCCUGGCCAGGGCCGGAGCCACCCUACCCCUUGGCCUCACUCCACGAGGGCCUCCCGGGAACCAAGUCGGGCAAUGGGGGCGGCUCCGGGGGCCUCGGGGGCUCCCCGGUUUUAGCCGGGAACCUGCCUGAACCCCUCUACGCCGGCAAUGCUUGCGGAGGCCCGUCGGCGGCGCCCGAGUACGGGGCGGGCUACGGCGGGGGGUACCUGGCCCCCGGCUACUGCGCGCAGACCGGCACCGCGCUGCCCCCGCCGCCCCCCGCCGCGCUCCUGCAGCCCCCGCCUCCGCCGGGCUACGGCCCCUCGGGGCCGCUGUACAACUACCCCGCGGGAGGCUACCCCGCGCAGCCCGGCUACGGGGCUCUCCCACCGCCCCCGGCCCCGCCCCCGGCCCCCUACCUGACCUCGGGCCUGGCGGCGCCCACGCCCCUGCCGGCGCCCGCUCCGCCCCGGCCGGCGCCCACCUCCUACAGCUUCCAGGCGGCCGAGGCCGGGGUGUCGCUGAAGCGCAAGGCCGCCGACGAAGGCGCGGAGAGCCGCUACCGCAAGUACGUCUACGAGCCCGCCAAGGCCCCGGCGGCCGACGGCGCCUCCUACCCCGCAACGGACAACGGCGAGUGUCGGGGCAACGGGUUCCGGCCGAAGCCGCCGGGAGCCGCGGAGGAGGCGUCGGGCAAGUACGGUGGCGGCGUGCCCCUCAAGGUCUUGGGCUCCCCUGUCUACGGCCCGCAACUCGAGCCCUUUGAAAAGUUCCCGGAGCGCGCCCCGGCGCCGGCUACCCGCGGGGGCUUCGCGGUGCCGUCGGCAGAGCCCCCCAAAGGCGUGGACCCGGGGGCCCUGGAGCUGGUGACGAGCAAGAUGCUAGACUGCGGGCCCCCGGUGCAGUGGGCAGACGUGGCCGGUCAGGGCGCGCUCAAGGCCGCGCUGGAGGAGGAGCUGGUGUGGCCCCUGCUCAGGCCGCCCGCUUACCCCGGCAGCCCGCGCCCGCCGCGGACCGUGCUGCUCUUCGGACCGCGGGGCGCUGGCAAAGCGCUGCUGGGCCGCUGCCUGGCCACGCAGCUGGGCGCCACGCUGCUGCGCCUGCGCGGAGCGACGCUGGCCGCGCCGGGCGCCGCCGAGGGCGCGCACCUCCUCCAGGCCGCCUUCGCGGCUGCGCGCUGCCGCCCGCCCUCCGUGCUCCUCAUCAGCGAGCUGGACGCGCUGCUCCCGGCUCGGGACGACGGCAUCGCUGCGGCGGGCGCGCUGCAGGCGCCGCUCCUGGCUUGCCUGGAUGGCGGCUGCGGCGCAGGGGCCGACGGCGUGCUGGUCGUGGGCACCACCUCGCGGCCCGCGGCUCUGGACGAGGCUACCCGCCGGCGCUUCGCUCUCCGCUUCUACGUGGCGCUGCCCGAUGGCCCUGCUCGCGGGCAGAUCCUGCAGCGGGCGCUGGCCCAGCAGGGCUGCGCGCUGAACGAGCGGGAGCUCGCGGCCCUGGUGCAGGGCACCCAGGGCUUCUCCGGGGGCGAGUUGGGGCAGCUGUGCCAGCAGGCAGCGGCCGGGGCGGGCCUCCCGCGGCUGCAGCGCCCCCUUUCCUACAAGGACUUGGAGGCAGCGCUCGCCAAGGUGGGCCCUAGGGCCUCCCCCAAGGACCUGGACUCGUACGUGGAAUGGGACAAAAUGUACGGCUCCGGACACUGACGGCGCGCCGGGAGGCCGCGGGAGCAAGCCGCCCCGCUUCCCCCGCCCCUCCGGUCGGGAGGGUUGUCUUUAACCAAACCGGGCUGGGAGGGGGCCGGAGUGAUGAAUGUGGGCUGGGGGAGGGGAGGGGCUGCCGGUGGAUUUUUUUUUUUUUUUCCGUGGGAAGGAAAAUGCUUCUGCUAGGCAGAUAGAUGCCAUAUGCGCUGUGUACUCAGGUUUUUCCUAUUUAUUGUGGACGGGAAGCUCGCCAUCUCCGCCCGGCCGACGGGCAGACCCGGGAUGGGCUGGCACCCGGGGCCUAAGGAACUCCUGCGCCCUCGCCACAAUCCUUUUGUCUCCUCGCUCCCUGAAUGGCUCUCUCCUACCCCCUCUUUCUCUGCAUUCGCGUAGUUUUCUUUCUCCGUGGUUUUGUCACUGACUUUCUCAUAUGUUGGCCCUGUUUCUCUUUUGCCCCUCCCUCCCCUAUCUCUCCAUCUAUCACCCUCUGUGCUUCUGUCUCCCUCCCUCGCUUUCCAGCCUCUCUGUUUCUCUUGGUCCCUCUCAUUCAAAAGAAUGCAGUGUCCCUUUGCAGGAGAUCUGGAAGUCCAGGGGCUGAGGAGGAGGGGGUAGGGAGUUCCCUCCCACCCCAUUAUCCCUCACCCAGCUGCAUCCUUGGGUCUUGGAGGGGGGAGGGCAAGCCAAAAAAAAAAAAGAAAGAAAAAAGAAAAAAAAAGAAAAAAGAAAAAAAAACCACCCAAAGAAGGGUUUUUGUUUGUUUGUUUUUGAGGGGGAAAUCCCAGAAAUGUAGCUUGUUUAAUAUUUUAGGCCUCUUAUUUUUGUAAGAUGUGUAGAAUUUGCUGGUUUUUGUUUUAUUUUGACAACUCAGGAAGAAACUGACCUCAGAAAGAAUGUUAGACUUUGGCUGCUCUCCUGUGUGUUCCCUGCCCCCCCAACAAAUUCUCCCAGGAGACUCAAAGUGAAACUUGUGGGGAAGGGGAGAGGAAGACCCAGAGCCACACUGAAACCCCUGCUCUUCCUGGGACAGAAGCGGAAUGUAUUUCUAGGGCUUCCUCCCCAGGUCCAAGGUUGUAGGCAGGGGUGUGGGGGAGUGGGUUGUGGGAUUUGAGAAGAGGUAGGUCCUGCUGCUCUCCCCCUGAGCCCCACCCCCCAGCUUAGUGUUGUCUGUUAUCCAGAGAGAUGCCCUCUGCCCCCUUUCCUGCCCCAGAUCCAGAGAGAGAGGGCCCGGAUGGGAAGGUGACCUGGGCAGAAAGUCCCCAGAGAGGUCAUCUCACCCUGGCCCUUCAUAGGCGGAGGUCUUCUAUAACUUCUGUUAGGAGGAUUCCCUCAGGAGAGAAGACAGUGUGGCCACAAGUCUGGUUGGGCACAAAAUUGACUACAGACUCAGCUUCCCUGGGUGUUGGGAGGCUCCAAGGAGGAGUGAGCAUCUGUUACAAAAGAAUGUUCUGGGGGCAAGUGUGCCUCCCAUCAUCCUAGGGUCCUAGGUUGGGAGAUCCAGGGGCUGCGAAAGGGUGAAGGAGAUGGGCAGACUGUUUUUCCCAGACGGGGGGUGGUUAUUUUCAGUCCCACCCAAACUUUCCACCAGAGGCCAGGCUUGGGGGCCCUUGCUUGUGAGAACAAUAUUCCUCUCCUUCCCUGCAACUUUCCCUUGAUGGGGCUUCAGUUUGUCUCCCUCCCCCUCAGGGAGCCCAUUUCACAACUCUGACCUUUGCUCCAAAGUAGGGUGCAAACCCUCACCGUACCUCUUCUCUCCCCCCCCCAGGCCCCCCCCCCCCCGUUCCCUGUUCACCCUUAUAGCUCCUACAGUCUCUACCAUCUCCCACUCCCAGCUGGAGGGGUGUCCAUGGGGGACAUUUCAGGUGCCAAGGUGCUGAGGGCCUGUGCUGGCCUAGGUAGGAGUGCUAACAGGAAAUCUGCUCUGUUUUCCCCUCCUUUUCAUUCUUGGUCUUUUUGGGCCUCCUCUCCUUGGAGCUGGCAGACUGCAGGGCUUUGGUGCCCAGAAGCCGUGGGUUGCACGGCUGGGAAGCGCCCUUUGGAGGGAGCAGGGCAGGAGGGGGUUCUCUCAGGUGUGCGGAUGUAUAUGGGGGGGUGGAGGGCAUGGGGAAGUGGGGUUGGGAUGCCAGCCUUCCCUUCAAGAGGCAGGCAGCUGCGGGGAGGAGGAGCUCACCGAGACCCAGGGCCCCCACUGCCUCCUCUGCUGGCCUCGGGGAACUUUGCACAAGGACACAGCUCCCAGUCUACUAGCACCUACCUCAUGGGCGCUGGGGAGGGUGGGGGGGGGGAAAGGGCAGGUCCAGCUCUGGUAAUGUUGGGGGGGCAUACCAAAGAAUCCAGGGGCAGGGAUUGGGGGAGGGCAGACUUGGCAAGCUGGCCCUCCUCUUCCUCUACCCAGACUGGGGUUGGGGUCCUCUCCUCCAGCUGUAACCAUUUCUACCUCAUUUUGCUGCGUGUUGUACAUGGACGUAUUUAUCUCCUGUCUGACGAUGCUCUGCAGUUGUGGUCUGUCUACCUCAGAAGAGACUGUAUUUUAAAAGAAAGUAUUACACAGUAUUAAAGCGAUGA